AUGUCGACUCGUCGACCACUCGCAAACGUGCCGAAUGCCACCAAUUCUCCUCACAGGCUAGGCCUCGUGCCUGCCAAACGUCCUCGGACGAAUGCACUCGUCGAUAUCCCUUACGGCCAGCCGCCUCCCAAGAAGCAAAUUGUGGAUGGGACAGAGACUGAGGAUCCGUCACCAACACGGUCGCGAACCGCGAGCUUCCAGAACCCAGAUUCAAAACUCUUCACGCGCAGGACAAACAAUGCACAGCCGAGUGCGUUUGAGAGGAAGCUGGUGGCCGCCAGAGACAAGGAACGACAGAGCAAUUCGAAAGGCACGAGAAACGACAAGCCGUCCGCAGAAAACCUCGAUCCGAUCAGACAGUGGCAGAGACAUUAUCGAAAAGCAUUCCCCCAGUUUGUCUUUUACUUUGAUUGUAUUCCCGAAGAUGUUCGCAGCAAGUGUUCGAGACAGGUUAUGGCUCUAGGUGCUGCGGAAGAAAAAUUUUUCUCGCGCCUGGUCACUCACGUUGUGACAUCGCGUCCUAUUCCUCCCGAGAUUGAUCGACGAGCCCCCUUGGAUUUCGCCCUCGCUCCGCCAGACAGACCGGCCGGUGAUGGCCACAUAGUACAAACAGUCAACCCUGCCGUGCUUGAGAAAAACGCCGAAAUGAACGUGAUGCUAUCGAUGGGAAUGGGUCCCAAACGGGAACAGAGCCAAGACGUCUUACACAGAGCCCGUGAGAUGGGAAUGAAGAUUUGGGCUAUUGAAAAGCUCCAGCGGAUGAUUGCUACCAUCAACGAUGCUGGAAUUGCGGGUCCUAAUGGUGUGGUCCGAACUAAUAAUACUGGUGGUAACCAUACCAAAUCUAGAGGCAAAGACGAUCUUUCGCAAGUUCUCCAGAACGAGCUCAACGGGCCCUCUGAUCGCAAUCAUCUUUCUGUGCUUAAAGAGCUAGUCAUGUUCAAAGGUCCUUUCAUAUACAUCCACGACAUGGACGAAAAGACGCGGCCUGUUAUGGUCCGGGAAUAUCCCAAGGUCGCGAAGCGACAGGACGGUAUCUGGCCACAAUUCCGAAGUGCUCCGUUGGGGAAGUGUCCUUUCAUUGAAGAUCCCCCUGCUAAGCGCGAGACUGAUCGGCAACGGCUCCGCCAAGAGAAGGAAAAGAGGCCUCUCGCCAACCCGCUUCCUGUAGAACACGCCCAGCAAGUAAAGCAGACAGUACUGGAACCUGCUCCCAGGGACAAUGGUCAUCAAACUUUUGGCAAGGAAUCUAGUCCUGCGGAUGAGCGUGGGACACCUCUAUCCUUUUCGAAGGAAGAUGAGGCGAAUGACCCGCAUCAAACACAGCCAAUAUCACCUAGAAAAAGCUCUGAGAGCUUCAUACCGCCUCAGCUCCACCGCAAAGGCCCCUUUUACCAUGGCUGUGAGCCUGCUGCAUCAGGUCUACAGCCCUCAAACAUCACAUCAGCGAUUCGCUCGCAAAUGGUGUCUUCAACUGCUGCCGCACCAGGUGCCAAGGCCGGUCUGAGCAAGGAAGUUCAUGAACUGAAACGAAAAGUGCUCGAGAAAAGCAAUGGCGUGCUACCUACUAGCAUUGUACCCUCUUCCUACCGAGCUCCGAAUGCUGCUCCACCUGUCAAAUCGAUAAAGAUCCAGGCUAGCCGGCUGGGCAAGCCCAAUACCCACGACAAGCUUGGGAACAUUGAGGAGGAAGCAACGCAGUCAGAAGGUACCGGUACUUCGAACAGCCGAGUCCAUGCCCGGAAAAGUGGCGAGCAGAGAAAAAAGGAACGGCGGAGAGAUCCAAAGCCAGGAUACUGUGAGAAUUGCAGGGAUAAGUUUGACGACUUUGACGAGCAUAUAAUGACAAGAAAGCACCGUAAAUAUGCAACAAACUCCGCGAAUUGGUCCGAGUUGGACUCAUUACUAUUUCAGCUGCAGCGACCACUCAAAGAGGAAUACGACUAUGUUUAG